CACACAAAAAGAGUCGCCAUUGCCAAAGCCCAAAGCUUCCUCUACUCCUCCGCAACAAUCCCUCCCAUAUUCCCAUCUUUGUCGUCUCUCUUCUCCUUCCCGCAAAGUUUCAUGUCUCCCCAUCAUCUCCUCCACCACACCUCACCCUAAACAAAAACCCCUCUCCUUACCAAUCAUCUCCCACCAUGAUCACAACCACUAAACCACCUCCACCAUCACUAAUCCCCUCACUAAUCAUAAUCACCAUCGUAAUUACAUCCCCGUGUUUCUUCCCGCCCACGGCAACCUCCGCCGCCGUCAACGAAGCCGAAAUCCUCCUAACCUUCAAGAAAUCCCUCUCCAACCCCUCCGCCCUCCAGAGCUGGAACGCCACGUCAUCCCCGCCCUGCACCCGCGACUCCUCUAAAUGGGCCGGGCUCCGCUGCACGGGCGGGUCCGUCGAGAAGCUGAUCCUCGACAACAUGGGCCUGGCCGGGAUCAUCGACGUGGACUCUCUCACGAAGCUCACCAAGCUCAGGACGUUCAGCGCCAUGGGGAACAACUUCGACGGGCCCUUCCCUCCGUUCAGCAGGCUGCCCUUGAAGAACCUGUACCUCACCGGGAACAAAUUCUCCGGCGAGAUCCCGGCCGAUGGGUUCAGAGGGAUGGCUUCGCUCAAGGACCUUUACCUGGGCCACAACCAAUUCGCGGGCCCUCUUCCCGGGUCGCUUGUUGGGCUGAACAAGCUCAGCGAGUUGGGCCUGGAAGGGAAUCAGUUCACCGGGGGAAUUCCCGACCUUCAACAGCCGUUGACGGUGUUUAACGUCUCCGUUAACAAUUUGGCAGGUCCCAUCCCCAGGAACCUGGCUGACAGAUUUAAUCAGUCGUCUUUCUCCGGGAACAAAGAGCUGUGCGGGAAGCCGCUGCCGGCGGCGUGCAAAGCCGGGAAGAGGAAAACAAAGACGAAGACCAUUUUGAUCAUAGCGGCAAUUAUCGCGGUGGUGACAAUACUGGGCGCCAUCCUGGCCUGCACCUUCAUCCAGGCCCGCGGAUCCAGAAGAGGAGAGCAGGCCCAAUUUGACGACACAAGAAACCUGAAGAAAUUCGGGGCGGCAGGCCGAAUGGGCCCAAAGAUGCAGGCCCACAAAAACCAUCAACCGGAGCCCAUGAAGGAAGCAGCCGCCGCCGGUGGCGGAGGGAGGAGAGGGGAGAGCGGGAAGCUCCGGUUCGUGAGGAGCGACAGGGAGGAGACAUUCGACCUGCACGAACUGCUGAGGUCGUCGGCGGAGGUUCUCGGCAGCGGGACGUUUGGGUCUUCGUACAAAGCUGUUCUCUCCGAAGGUCCGGCCAUGGUGGUGAAGAGGUUCAGGCACAUGAAUAACGUCGGGAAAGAGGAGUUUUACGAGCAUAUGAAGCGGCUGGGAGAUUUGUCGCACCCGAAUUUGCUUCCCCUCGUUGCUUUCUACUACAGGAAGGAAGAGAAGCUUUUAGUUUCCGAUUUCGUCGACAAUGGCAGCCUCGCUAGUCAUCUCCAUGGGAAGCGACGGCCCGGGGAGCCAGGGCUUUCAUGGCCGACGCGACUGAAGAUUAUCAAGGGAGUAGCGAAGGGGUUAGGGUUUCUGUACAAGGAGCUUCCCGAUUUGCCCCUGCCGCACGGCCACCUGAAAUCCUCCAACGUCCUCGUCGACCACGCGUUUCAGCCGGUGCUCACCGACUACGCGCUGUCGCCGGUGGUGAAUCGGGACCAGGCGCAGGGGGUGAUGGUGGCGUACAAGUCGCCGGAGUUCAUCCAGACGGGUCGGACGACGGGGAAGACGGACGUGUGGAGCCUGGGGAUCCUGAUCCUGGAGCUUCUGACGGGGAAGUUCCCGGCCAAUUACCUCCGGCAAGGGAGAGGAGCGGCGGCGAACGCUGACCUGGCGGCGUGGGUGAAUUCGGUGGUGAGGGAAGAAUGGACAGGGGAGGUGUUCGACAAGGACAUGAAAGGGACCAAGAACGGGGAAGGCGAGAUGCUGAAGCUGCUCAAGAUCGGGAUGUGCUGCUGCGAGUGGAACGUGGAGCGGCGGUGGGAUUUGAGAGAAGCUCUGUCGAAGAUCGAGGAGCUGAAGGAGAGGGAAGAAGGUUGUGAGAAUGAUGAGGAGUAUUGUAGCUCCGAUGGUGAUCUCUACUCUUCCAGGGCCAUGACUGAUGAAGGCUUCUCCUUCUCCGUCACUGCCUAAACUGCAUUGAAUUGAAUCAAUUCAAUUCACCCAUUAUUGGUGUAUCUAUAAUACGAUGAUCCUGUGUAGAAGAGAGCUAAUAAUGCUGAUUACAGAAGCUGCUUCAGCUGGAAGGCAGAGGUUGCAGGCGUGCAAAAGGAACAUGGAAGAAGAAACCAAAGACCCUCCAAGAUAUGCUUAGUUUUGUUUGUCAGAACUCACACCGAGGAAGGCUUGCCUUGUCGUCUGCCUGAUUCUGUACGUGGACAAAUGGCAUAAGGUUAAUAAUGCAUUGGCUCAUGAACCAAUUUUGGGAACCUUUCUCCUGAAACCACAAGGUGUACCAACAGUGGGAAAACCUAUAAAAAUCAGAAGAUUGGAUGCAGGCAGUUGGACAGUCACCAAUGGCAGGGGAUAACACUGCUGAAGAUGGAAGCAAGGACUUCUUCAACCUCUUAGCAUCUCGAGGAAUCAAUUUCCUUCUCUCUUCCCAAGGGCAGGUGCCAAUAUCAUCAGCAUGGCCUCUUGUUCUCGGCCAACUGGUGCAGGCCAUGCAAAACUUUUGCUCCACAGCUCAUGCAACUCUACCAUACUCUGAAAUCCGAAGGCAGAUCGCUGCAGAUCGUCUUUGUCUCAUUCGACCAAGACGAGGAUCAAUUCGAAGAACAUUUCAUGUCCAUGCCUUGGCUUGCAGUCCCAUUUGAACCCCAAAUUGCAUCAAAUGCUGAGGAACAUCUACCAAGCUCGCCGAAUCCCAACGUUGAUCCCAUUGGUCUCCGUUGGAAUCACAGUUGAAGAAGACCCUUUCACUCGAAAAACUUGAGAAGAGCUCAAGGCUAUUGACGAUGCCAAGCGCCAAGGAGGCAGCCUCGAGCACCUAUUACUGAAUACUCAUAUGUAACAUGUCAUAUUUUGGAACAAACCGUUAUACUGGUCAUAUUGAAAUUAACGUUGUUGAUAAUCACGAAACUUUAUUAAACAAGGUACCAAAAUAAUUUGUUAAUAUUUACCAUUUUGAGUCGGUAAUUGAGAGAAAACAAAAUUAUCAUCAGGUUUUGAUUGUUCGGAGU